AAGGUGAAGAGGAAGAUAAUGAAGAUUGAAAGAUAGACAAGAAUUCUCUUUUACUCGUUCUUUUAUUUCUAUCUUAUAUUACAUUAUAAAUGCACAUUUGUACUUAGAAAAAGAGAUAGAGAGAGAAGAGUAGUAGUCCAGAAGAGGAAGAAGAAGAUUAGAAGAUAGAAAGAAAGAGAGAGUGUAUUCCGGCGCCACGAUAAAAGCAUCAUCAUCCCUCCUUCUCUUUCUGUUGCUCGUAUCAUCUCAGGGAAGCUAGCUGGCUAGCUCUGUGUGUUAGGCUGCCACCAACAGCAGUCCAAUCGUGACCGUACGUCCGUCUGUCCGUCCGUUUGCCCGCGUGCGGGCGCGAGCGUGCGGGAUGCGCGACGCGGCUUCUUCAUAAAAAAAUAAUACUAACUUUUCAUCGUAUCCUUCUUCUUCUUCUUCUUAUUUUUCUUUAUCCUGAUCUCUAUGCAUCCUGAUUUGUUUCAUACUUGUUUUUUAUCAUACCGAUUUGAAUUGCAUCAAAUCGUUGAGAGAGAGUUGUUUGAUUAGUUAACGCGAGUGUUGAUUAGAAAACAAUAAAAUAGUUGAAGAAGAUUGCAAGGACGCGAAGAGGUGGGAGAAAGGAUAUUAGAAGAAAAUGGGUUGCUCUGAGGCCGAUGCCGAAGCUGCCAGCUCCAAUGCUGUUGACUCGGAUGGAUCCGUCAGCUGGGAGGAUUUCUUUGGCACGAGUACGGACCUGGUGCCACAAUUAUUGGGCAUGUUCGACGAGCUUGCACGUCGUGGCAACGGUUACGAUCACGAUCACGUAGUCCUCUCAGCAUCGUGUAAUAUACCAGCGGCUUUGCAGAAGCGAUUGAGCUUGGUACCGCACUCCCAACGAGGUUCCAUAUUCGGUCAGCUUUGUGGCGAGGCAACUAAGAAAGGUAGUAGCGGUAGUGGUAGUGGUACCAGUAAUAGUAAUAGUCAUCGAGAAAAGAGUGACGAGAUGUGUGAGAGAACGGAAGAAACGGACACAACAAGUACGAUAGACGUUGUGGUCACUCAGCAUCGAGUAGACAACAACAACGAAGAUGACGACGAAGAGGAGGAUGAGGAGGUCAAGGUGGACAAAGAAAAAGAUGGAAGUAGAUUGUCGAUCAACGUUCUCGAGCAAGACGAUAAGAAGAAUUCAUAUGUACAAGAAACAAACGCCAAUGGCAAUGGACUGAAUCAACUUAGGUACAAAAGAAGAUGCAGAAGUGGAAGACCAUUGUCUGGUAGUUCAAUAGCCUCUAGUACAUCGUCCAGUGGUUGCAGCAAUCAGGGAAACACAUGUGCAACUAAUCCAUACUUAGCUUCCGUCGAAUCCUUAGCUGACACUUGUGCCAGUUCUCAAGGCUCAGGUGAUAGCGGAGUUGCUACGGUAUCCGAAGCUAGCUGUCGUAUUGGUAAUGGUACCAAUGGUCAAAGAAGAGACAGCACCGAAGGAAACGCGCCCUGUCAUCGUCCACGUUAUUGCGAUCCUCAUCGUAAUCCUGUUGAAAGAGUACUUCUCGAAAUCAUUGAUACCGAAGCAAUAUAUGUCGAACACUUGCGACAAGUCAUACAGGGCUAUCUCAUCUUUUGGCGAGACAAUCCCACGUCUUUUGUACAUCAAUUACAACUGAGUGAUUUAUUCAGCAACAUCGAGGAUAUUUUCGAAUUCAACAGAGAAUUUCUCAAAGAAAUCGAAAAAUGUUCUUUUGAUCCGGUUCGUCUCGCGAACACUUUCAUCAAGCACAAUUCAGGAUUUAAAGUCUAUACCGAAUACUGUACAAAUUAUCCCAGAACUGUCUCUGUGUUAACCGACUUGAUGGGACAAGAGGAGACAGCCAAAGCUUUUAGAGAAAGACAGGCAGCUUUAGAUCAUGCUUUACCUCUGGGAUCAUUUUUGUUGAAGCCUGUUCAAAGGAUUCUCAAGUAUCACCUGUUGCUAGAGAAUUUAUCGAAAGAGUAUGGCGCAGAUUGUGACGCUCGAGAAAAUGAAACUGAAGGAAGAAAUGCGAUCGAGGGUGCACUCGCAGCGAUGACUGGAAUAGCAAAACACAUUAACGCGAUGAAGAGAAGACACGAACACGCUGUAAGAGUCCAAGAAAUUCAAUCGCUUCUUUAUGGAUGGUCAGGACCCGAUUUAACUACCAGUGGUGAACUUAUCGCCGAAGGUCGCUUCAGAAUGAGAGGAGCCAAAGCACCGAGACAUGCAUUUCUCUUUGACAGGAUGUUACUCCUGACGAAGAAGAAGGAGGAUGGUUUAUUGGUCUACAAAGCUCAUAUCAUGUGUUCCAACUUGAUGUUGAUCGAGAGCAUCCCGGGAGAACCAUUAAGUUUCCAUGUAAUACCCUUUGACAAUCCAAGGUUGCAAUACACAUUGCAGGCACGCAACCUGGAACAAAAGAGGGAGUGGACAUUGCAAAUAAAAAGGGUAAUCCUUGAGAAUUACAAUGCUGUUAUACCUUCUCACGCCAGGCAGCUGUUUCUACAACUUGGUCAGACUCAACACGAAGACGAUUCUCCGACCGACAAAAGUUCGGCGAAAAAGUUGUACUCGGCUCCACCGGAAUAUUUAGAGAAACGUAAGCAAGAAAGAGAAAGAAGAAGAUCAGAAACUGGUAUCAGACAUAAGUUCAAAAAGGGUACAAGAAAACCCGAGUCACCUGCUAUCACUACUGAGAAUUCACCGGCAUCUUUACGGAAAAAUCCUAGUCACGAGACUGAGGUACACGACUCGAGAGAUCAGAAUCUUAACAGAUGUUCCGAUGGACGUACUCUGAAAGUUAAGGAUCGUUUUACUGGAUGGCGAAGAAAAUCAGAGCCAGGAUUUCAAUCUUACGUUUGCCUGAAUCAAUCAGACGAGGAUCAAAAAGAGGACAUGGUUGAUAUAGGAACAACUCAGGUGGAAUCUGAUCGUACGAUCAAUGCUUCUAGCAACGAGGAGAGCAAACCAACGAAUUCUCAACAAGUUGAAACCAAAGAGAACAAUGAACAACAGACUGCAACGACGCCAGUAGCCCAAACGGUUGAGGAAAUAGUUGGUCAUAUUCUGAUGCAGAAUCAAGAGUUCCAAAAGUUGUUAGAAAAGCAGAGAACUAGUAGCAGCAUAAACGUUAGACAACAGCAAAGAUUCAUCAAGAGAAUUUCAGCUGACACUUCGGACGAAAGCGAUUGCGAGAAUGCUAAUUACGUUGGCGGAACAUCAAACAAUCGCGUACGUUCAUCUCAUCGCGAAAGCCAAAGAUUGGUGAGAACAAACAACGCAUGGAAUACGUUUUCUUCGUCCAGUGCACGUGACACGCCUCAGCCAGCUCUCAGGCUACUCUAUGAUAACUUCAAAUCUUCGGAUAGUAAGACUAGUGUACACGAAACGAGUAGUACAAAGAACAACGUAAAUAGAGUACACGAGAAGAGGGCUCUUUUCGAAGCUUUUAAAAGACAAAGUAUCGUGACUGAGAGUAAAAUCAUAAAGACUGCUCUGAGAAUUCGAGAGAACUCAACAUCUACCAACGAUGAUCCGAAUGAAACUCCUCCUGUAUUAGGUAACGAUCAGGAUUAUUCGGAGAAGGCUAACGAAGUUCAAGUAUGUUCGGAAGGAAAAGAUAAAACUGAUGAUAAUCAACAGGAGAACGUCAAGGAAACUGACGAAUCCAAAGGUUUCGGUAACUACGAUAAUCUUCAACAUGUUUGGGAAGGUCUUCAAGAGGAACAAGAUGUUAAUGGAAGUGACAGUCCAACCAGGCCGGCUAUUUGGUUGACCAAACUCUGUGAAGGUUUACCAACUUCUCCGCAAAAGUGUGGAUCGUUGCCUCGUAGCUUUCAGAUCAAUCCAAAUUCUCCUCAACCUAGCGUGACCAAAUCUCGAUUUCUUCAAAGGGAUGGAAAACCAAUGACUGAAAGACCUUUUACGAUAGCCUCGGACAAACCUGCUGAGAUUAAUCUCGAGGACAUGGAAAGAUAUGCUUCAAGUUGUCAACCCGAAGGUAGGAUUGCUAAAUUUCCAACAUCUGUUUCGACGUCAACCUCAACAUUUUUCUGCUCGCUCGAUGAUACUUUGAAUGACGCUUACUCUGAAAUUCACAUGGUUUCACCUACGACCACCAACAUUCAUCCUGAUCAUAAAAUUUAUAGAGCCAAUGGUAGUACCAUGUUCAAAAAUGUAUUAUCCAAAGCUGGGAGUCGUUUGCAAGGUCUCAGAAAUACUCUUAGUACUGAAACCCUCGAAUGCAGCGAAGAGAUAGAAAGAACAAAAUACUUCCGUUCAUUAAGUAAUGUAAAAUCAAAGAGAAAAGGCAAAUCUAAACAUUCUAGGGAAAGUUCUUCGGACGUUGAGGAACUGGUUGGAUGUGUAUCAGCUGGUGGACCUUCAGAUUAUAGAAUACCAUCGUUGUAUUACAAACAAGGAAGUUCUAGUUUGGGUGCUCGUAUAGCUCAAUCCGAUUAUGCAGACCCUACUGUACUUUUUGCUGAAAGCAAACGCAAUGGUCAACAAGCAUCCAACGUUCCCGAAGAGACAACGAAAAAAGACGAGAAUUCGAAAGAAUAUGGAAGGAAUAAGGAAGAAGAAGAGGAAGAAGACGAGGAGGAAUCUCCCAGAAGAGAAACUAAUCGACGGGAAAGCGAAACUGAUAGUUUCUACGAAAGAUCCUUUGAGAUCAUUGAAAAUUAUGUUGACGUUGAUGUUGACGAAGUUUUUCGGGACAGUGCAAUAUUCAGUGAUGCCGAUGAUGUCCUCCUAAUGCGUUCAGACUUCAGAGAAGCUGGUACGUCGUCUGGUAAUAAACAAAAAGUGGCACCUCCAGUUCCUGCAAAAAAAAGAUCAGAAUAUUCGUCGGUGUCAUCAACAGUGUCAUCGACGGUGUCAAAUAUUGUUCAAGAAAGUACGAUUGGCAGACCUUACGUAGCACAAAAACCUGAUUACCUGAAAAUCAAGUCAAUGUUCUUGCGAACACAGAGUAAUAAUAGUCCAGAAAGUAAAACUUCAUCUGUUAGGUCAUCCUUCAUGAAAAGAGAUGUUGAACGAAAGUGCAUAAUGAAUGACGAAGCUCAAAAUGAAGGACCUGAUGAUGUUCCCAGUAAUGAUAACGAUGAUGUAUCUGCUGGACAAAGUCAGGCCGGUUGGGUUAAAAAAAUAGUUUGUCAAUUGCAAGGGCACGUUGAGACAUAAUUUAAUAGCAUAAGAAUAAUCCUUUUUUUCUAUCCCCUGUCUUUCAAAAUUCCAAGACGUAAUCGACGAUCUAGUGUUGUUUUUUUAUUUAAAUGAAAUUUUAUCUCAAUUAUUUUUUGUUCUUUUAUUUCUUUUUAAGUUGGAAAAAUCGUUCGAUUCGUUUGAAAUUUCAUGGAUUGAUCUCUAUUACGUACGAAUGAUAUUUCGUGCUUAAUUAUAAUUCAUGUUUAAUUUUAUUUUAUGUAUUAUCGAAAACGAAAACAAGUACUGCCUAUUUUUACUUACUUCGUGUAAAAAGUACAAUUGUUAAUUUAACAAGAGAUGUAAACGUGACGUUCUUUAUUUUAUUUAAUUCUAAUAUCUUUAAUAUUCGAAAUUAUUUUGUAUUAUCUGAAUCUAAUAAUAACGCGAUACUCUAAUAUUGUUGGACGAAAUUAAAUUAAAUAAUGAAUGUUUUUUUUCUCAGAAAUAUCAAUUAAUUUUCUCAUCUAAUUGUAAGAGUGAACCUGAUCCAAGAACGAGUAUCAAUUUUGUUCGUUGUUUGAAGAAAGAAAGAAAGAAAGAAAUUGUGUUCAACUAGUAAGGUACAACGUAAGCGUUAUCUAUUCAAAAUCAAAGAAAUAAUAUUGUAUCUAUGAAGGAAGUAACUGAUGUUACGUCGCAUGUGUUUCAGGAUAGAUUAUGUUAUUUUGUAUAAAGCUAAGAAUUAAAGAGAGAGAGGACUCUAUACAUUGUUGUAUCGUAAUGUGCUGUUAAUGUACAUAGUAAUAUAAUUUUUUUGUAAAAUUUCAACUGCGAUCAGCUCCAAUCAUUUAUCCUUUUUUUGUUUUAUCUUUUCCCCUUUCGUUACAGCAUGCUCGUUCCUUAUAAAUUCGUUCGUACAUGAAAAAUAUAUAUAUAUGUUAUGCACAUAUAUUAUUUCAGGUAGGUUUUAUUAUGAGAAUGUCUAUGUACAGUAGAGGUUUAGAACUAGUCGUGCUUAAAAAUAUAAGUUGUAAAUUAUACAUAAGAAAUCAUAAAUUAUAUUUUCACAAUACUGUAUUUAUAUAAAAACUUCUAAAAUCAAAGCUUCAUAAGUCGAAGAUAAAAUUCGUUAUACACAUUAUGUACAACUGCAGUAAUUACGCUUUUAAUUACUACUUCUUCCAUUAACGCUCAGUCCUAUAUAUUUUUUUUUGUUCUUAUUAAUUUUCUUUUUGUUUAUUUUUUUUUGUUUUAAUAUAUUUCUUGGAGAGUCGUUCCUCUUCCUUGUCUCGCAAUUCGAAUAUAAAGAAUAAAAUAACAUUCAUUUGUCGUCUAUAUGAUUUAAGGAAUCCUCCUCCUCCUCUGUAAUCGACGUUGUACAGAUGAUUCAUAUUUAUUAUUGUUUUAUAAUUACAUUUGUUAUUUUAUGCAUCGUGAUUAAUGUUGUAAUAGUUAAUGUGAAAUAAUGAAUCUUCGGUAUGCAACAUCGUUUAUUAUCGGAGGAUGAUACUCCUUAAAAAAAUCUACUUUCUCUUUUUUUAUCGAGUUACAUUAUCGUACCAUACUUUUAUCUAGAAUAAUUAUAUUCCAUCAUGAAAGAAUAUUCGUAUCCGUUGCUAUAUGCAUGUGUCACUAAAGCUUUGGUUAACAACAUAUCGACGAAUAAAUUUAUGUAUGUAUAUAGAAUUUCUUUAUCCUUAAUCUCACGAGCUAACGAAGUUCUUGAGAGAAUACUUUUUUUUCUUUUUCUCGUUUUACACAAAAUCACGUAUAUUAUUUAUCUCUUUUAUCUUUUAUAAUUACUUUUCCCCCUCUUCGAAGCUGCUUUGCAUUAUUUAAAUAUAGAUAUAUAUAUAUAUAUAUAUAUAUAUUUAUAUAUAUACACACACAC